AUGGCUAGCCUCUACAAAACUGCUGUGACAGAAAGCGUAAGGGCCCCAAAUUUUAAUGUAACAGGUUAUUGUAGUAAGCAGCAAAAAGCAUCUUGAAACAACAUAAUGGAACGUAGAGCGCAGCCAAAUGGCACAAUCAUGGCGUCGAAACGUGUGGAAAUAGGCCCUGUCUCCGAAGCCCCCCCCAUUCUUCCUGUGGCUAAAUAUUUUGUGCCUAUUUUCUUGAUUGCCUUCUGAGCUCCUGAUGAGACAAGGCUUUCAUCAUUUUGUUAACUUAAGGCACUGAUGAGCUCAUCAUAUCGUGUUAUCUUAGAGACCAAAAUAAGUUAAUAGUAGAAGAUACAUAAAAUGGUCGGGGUCCUGCAUUUUACAGUUGUCCUCAGAGGAUGAAAUAGAAAUCAAAGGUGCUCUGGCUGCAAUAGAAAAGGAGGAAAUAAGAUUUACGAUACAGAGAGAAGAGCAGGAUUUGACGCGAUGUUAAGACAAAUCAGAGUCUCUUGUGACGAGUAAAAUCAGAGAAGAUGAUCUAAUCAACUCAAAAAGUGAAUGGAGCUACGUUCGCAUCCCAAGGACUGUUGCAAGCCAAUAGCCUCAUCACUACUACGGGUUAUUUUUCACACAUUACUACGUAGAGUGUCUGUUAUUUUGAAUACUGUGACGAUCAACUAAGGAGGUCGUUAGACGAAACUAGUUUUGUGAAUCGCCAUAUAAAUGUAAUAGUGUGUUGAAGGUGGAAACAAAUUAGGUUUUUUUCCUUUGUUACUGAAAUACUUCAAAGAAAGGCCCAGCAAAUUAAAGAUGCAGUCAUCGAAGCCAAGUGGGUGGCUGCUCAGCUACAACUUAUGACUGGGCAGCUAGACCGCUUGAUCCACGAUAUUUUGGCUGAGGAUAAUGAGUAGCAUAAAAACUAUCCUGGCAAAUAAAAGUAAAAAACAUAAAAUUUGUUAAUAAUUUGUAUACAUAUACUUUCAAUAUAAAGAAAAAGUUUUUGAAGAAAAUGUAAUAAAAAUAACAUCUUUAUUAAAGAGAAAAGAGUACAAAGCAGUUGCAACCUGUUUUUUUUGUUUUAAAAAUAUGUGUAUACAGUCAAUAAAAAAAAAUUAUACUUAUACGGUCAAUGGAAAAAGAAAAAACUAUUUCAUCAGAAAUUUUUCCUAUUGUGUAUAGUCUCAUGUCUCUCCGUAUUAUCCUCUUCAUCUCUAUCACCCUCCACUUCUUUAACUGACUUUCUUGAUGUAGCAAUCUACUACUUUUGUCACAAAGUAACAUCCCUUCUCUAAGCAGCACUUCCUGCAUCAUGCACUGUAUGAUUUUUCCCACCAACUUCUAUGAAUUUCCAAAUAAGGGAAGCACCUAGCAAGCAAUAAUAUAAAUAAAUAUAUUUAAGACCCCUUACCCCUUAUCCUUAAUUAGUAUAAAUGGAAAGCUGAACAAAGAGUUUUCUGCCAUCUGAUUGGUUGAGCGGUUCCGCAUAUGACGCUAUUUUCACCGCCUAGCGUGGUGAAUAUAAGACCAAAACAACAUGGUUGCCAGCAGCCGUUUUGCAAACGUUUCGGACGAGGAAAUCAGAGAAAUAAAGGUCAAUGCGGUCCCGAAAUCAACACAAAAUGCUACGAAGUAUGGUUAAGACUUUUCAAAGGUAAGUCAACUUCUUCCGAAAGUCUUACUAUUUUAUUUUGAAACUUAACAAACUGUCACAGAUCGAUAACAGAAGCUGAACUUGCUGUUUAAUAUUUGUUUCUCAGAAAGGUUUGCACAACAAGCUGAAUUCACAACUGAGUUUGAGUCCAUGGAAGUGACAGAAAUAAACAACUGUCUCUCAAAGUUUUACUUAUCAGCAAGAAAGCAAGACAGAAGUCAUUACAAGAAGACAAGUCUGUUGUCUAUCAGGGCAGGCCUACAUCGCUAUCUACGAUCACCGCCUAUAAAUAAGAAAUUCUUCAUUUGCGACACAAUUCAAUUUAACGAGGCAAAUAAAGCUUUAAAUUCCUACCUUAAGCACCUUGCCAGUAGAGGGAAAAUUGCCGGUACGGCUCACAAAAAUCCCUUAACAGCGGAAGUAAUACAAAAGCUGUUUGAGGCAGGAGAAUUGGCGUGUGCGGAAACAAAAAAUCCUCUCGCUUUGCUGCAGACAACAUGCUCUUACGUUUCUCUCUUUCUCGGGAAAAGAGGGAGAGAAAAUCAAAGUUUAAUGAAGAAAUUUAUGCUCCGUCUGACGGUGACAGCUAGAGGUGAAGAAUUCUUUGAGCUAAAUAAAGCAGAACCAGGCGCAGUGCUCUCCACUAAAAAUCACACGGGCGGCAUUGAUGGCAGUGAAGAUCACGGAGAUGGGAAAAUAUUCUCAUGCCCCGCUUCCAAAAGAUGCCGGUUAAGAAUAUUAAAGCGUACCUUUCCCGUCUGA